AUGAUGGGCGAAAUAUUGGAGAAGAUGAAUCGGGCCCUCAGCCUCAUUGAAGAGGUUGAGCUCUGGGUCGCUGAAAAGGGUGAUUCUGACUCCGCCGUCGAGAUCAAUCACCUCAAGACCCUCCUGUCGACCACCUUUGAGAGGACUAGCCGCCCUCUCUUUGCCCUUCCUACCACUCCUGCACCGGUAGCUCGCCGCAAGCUGAUUGCUGGUGUACCCAAGGCAGUCCAGAACCCUCAGAAGGUGACUUGGCCUACUCCUCAGUCUUUCAAGAAGACCAUGGUCCAGGGUGACCUCAAGGCCAUGCCCGCGGUGAUGGCAACUCCGGCUCCUGCCAAGGACGAGGAGAUGUUGAUUGACCUGGGCGACAAUCAGGCAGUCGUGCAAACCUCCGAGGGGCUCAAGGAAAACCGCGGAUCCGUUUCUCCUCCUGCAUCCCAAGUCCGAGACAUCCAGCCCACGGCCGGGGUGGUCCACAUCAAGGGACCACACUCGCGGGUCGGGCUGCGGUACAUUACCAGCCGCAUCUCCGAGGGCCCUCUCUACGAGAUUCAAACCGAGACCUCCACCCGCCUCCGGAUUGUUUUCUGGAGUGCCGAGCACGCCCUCGCGCUGAUCAAGGCCAACGAGGAAACCAUCCACACCCAUGGCAGUGGCCGUUUCGGCAGCGAAUUCAGCGUGAUCUUCAUCAAGAAGAUCCCCCACGGACCAGAGCUUGCACGCAUGACCCGGCCCAACCGAGAUCGCCGUCGCCUAACCUUCUCUGGAAAGCGAUUCCUUUGCGAUGGCAUGAGCCUGAAGCGGCUCGAGAGCCACGUUGCUAGCAUCGUCGGCCGGCAGAGCAUUGAGUACUGCCUGAUGUUCAACCUGGGGAACGCCACCGUGGUUCUCACUAGCGUCGCCGCCGCUCGUAUGGUCUUGGAAACCUUGCGUCAUUGGACGCAGUCGAAGUCGGCGUAUCGCAACGUGCUCAUAGACUUCUCCUCGGAUCCCUGCGAAACCCGGGACACUCCUUACCACCGCCAGGACACGGGCUCAGUUGGCUCUCCUCGGAUGCUGCUUGACCGCUAG